CUUCGCUCUCGGCGGAGCAGCGCCGCAAGCUGUCCAUGAUCCGGACAGCCAGCAUCCCGAGCCCGCUGACCCCGUGAGUCACAUUUACCAUUUGGUACCCUGCCCGAGAAAAUGCUGUUCACAGAAAUAUGUCGUCAGUACGGACAGGAGUGGAGACAUACAUGUUCAUGUUCAGGGCGACUUGAGCCAGCAGGACAAAAGAUGUGUGUUCCUCACUGUACACGAUCUUGGAACCAACCAUUCAUCCAUGGUGGACUUCGUAAGCAUGCCGGCCAUGACCGAGAUAAAAGAACGCUCCUGCUUCAUCCACGUGGACGUCCCGGGACAUGAGGAGAACUCUCCCGACCUGCCUGACUCGUACCAGUUCCCGUCCCUCCAAACUCUAGGCGAGGACCUGAUCACAGUCCUGGACUUCCUCCACGUUCGCUACGCUGUCGGCCUCGGCGAAGGCGCAGGAGCCAACGUGCUGGCUCGCUGCGGCCUCGCACACCCCCGCAGACUCUUAGGCCUCAUCCUCGUCAACUGCACAGCAUCGACUUCCUCAGUCGCCGACGCCUUCAGGUCCCGGUUCUCCCGUUGGAGGGGCACCGACAUCUCUCAAUCAGAGGAGGACUUCCUCAUCUACCACAAGUUUGGACACGUGAGUUUACAGAGUGAGCUGUUUGACUAUCGCUACAAGCAAAUCCAGAGCGAUUCUUGCGAGGCGACCGAACGCGAACGAAUGUUGCUCGACUAUCGUUCGCGCCUGCGCGGCAACCUUAACACGCACAACAUCAAGCAGUAUGUGCGCGCCUUUAUAAACCGCAAAGACCUGGUGCUCCGCGGAUGCCAGCCCGACAUCCUACUCAUCACGGGCCUCCUCAGCCCCUACUCCGGAGUCGUGGAGAAGAUGUACAAGGAGCUGGACAAGGACAAGGUCACCAUCCUCAAGGUCGAGAAGGUCGGAGACGUGCUGGCUGAGGCGCCAGCAAAAGUGGCGCAGUCUCUCCUGCUCUUCUGCCAAGGCCAGGGUCUUCUCACCUCCCUACCCCCACCGGGAGUCGAACGCCGCAUGUCCCGCGCCAUGUCCAUGGAGGAAUACGACAAGCCCAACAUUCGACGGCUCUCGCUGACUCCUAGUGUGUCUGAGUCCCCACCACCGAGGAAACUGUAAGGAGUAGGUGUUUUUCCCUCUCUUUUUCCCACUUGGGGUUAAGUUUAUGUUCCUCUUCUAACAAGGCCAGGGUCUCAUCCCUCCCCCCACCAUUCGAACGCUGAAUGUCUUGCGCCAUGUCCAUGGAGGAAUAUAACCAGCCUGGUAUUCGACGGUUCUCGCAGACUCCUAGUGUGUCUGAGUCCCCACCACCGAGGAAACUGUAAGGAGUAGGUAUUUUCACCUCCCUUUUCCCACUUGGGCUUAAGUUUAUGUUCCUCUUCUAACAAGGCCAGGGUCUCAUCCCUCCCCCACCAGGAAUUGAGCACCGCAUGUUUCGCGCUGUAGGAAGUUGCGAGGAUUUGUAUAUUUACUGUUAGUAAACUUCAGAGGCCAUGUUUUUACGAUCCCCUACUCUGUAAACUAUUUUUUGCUUUCAUUUUAACUUCACCGUGCUUGGAAGUCGUGACAAACGCUAACCUCAGGGUUGGACACUGCAUUUUUUGACAAAAACGCCAAGACGAUAGGAUAUUAUCGUAAAUAAUUCACACUGUUGACCAAGAAAUGCGGUGGAGGUUCAUAGUUUUCAAGUCAUGUGAGAUACGGGGGCACAAUUUCGACAUGGAGAUAUGGUAAAACUAAUCGUUUGUUUUCCAUGUUUUAAAAUUGCAUUAUUAAAAAGUGUACACUGGUCACUUGGUCAGGGGCACACGUCUUGGUCUUGGUAUUAUACACGUUUAUUGGAUACAUAAUUAUGGUGAAACUCAAAUUACUAGUGUAAAAAAUGGACAAAAUUCGAAUUGAAAUUAACCCCCAGCCGAAAUUCUCCCCCUGUACAGUCAACCAAUUGGAACACUAGGCCACUGUAGAACUAUGUCAUAGUGAUGUUACAAAUCAGAUAGUAAGAAAUCUCUUACUGCUUUUCAUUUUGACAUGGUUGUAGAGUUGCCUAGGGUUCCAAUUGGUUGACUGUACCUUAUGAAAGUAAUAAUUUGUCAGAAGCCGACGUUUUAGUAAACGCCUGUGUAUUUUUAUUAGCAAUAUGUUUUAAGUCUCUUUAAACUUAAUACUAGCAGUAGCAGGCGCUACAACAAAAUGGAAAAUUUCAGUUACCCAUAAGUAUGUACAUGUAAAUUUGUUUUAUAAUUUUGUUAAUGAUACCUAUAAUAUAAUAUUUUAAAGCCCAUUUUAUUGCUUACUUAUUAUAUGUACGAUGGUAUGCGAGACAUAUCGUCAACAUAGUAUUUUGUACUGUCCACAAUUUAAA